GCCAGCGAUAUUAGAAAUUCUUACCACGACUGUGACUCUGAGAGGGCGAUGAGGAGGAUUCCCGCGCUCUUUGUCCAGGCAUGGCUACCUAAUCUGCCAAGCCGGCCAAUUCACGCGUGUGAUUCGGCGUCCUGCCCUCUGAUGACGAUCGAUCAACCAUUCUCCGCAGGGGGGCGGUACUUUUUUCAUGGCCGCUCGUUUGUCCAUCCAAUAGCUUCACGAUCUCUUCGUACCAGGAGUCGACAUCGCUGGUUAGCCUAGCCACAUAAACCCCUUUUUCAGCUAGGAGAUGACCCGGAUCGAGCGUAGUGGCGCAGCGAGACCUGCUCAGGCAUUAUUCAGAAUCUCGAGGCCAGGGGUGCUCUGGUUAUUAAUCGCGUGCGUCUACACAGCCGCGAUGGCACAGGGGCCGCCGUCUUCCUGGUUGCUAUAAAGGAACUCCACAACGUGGAUGACGUGAAACCGGCCACGCGAGAGCGCGAGAGACCGAUAGUAAGAGAGUGAGUGAGAGAGCGUGAGAAAUGGACGCUGACGGGAACUCGUCACCACUUACGAAGAAUACGGCGAUGCAGAAGCGACGGUCUCACAAGAAGUCUCGCAACGGCUGUCAAAACUGCAAGAAAUGGCACACCAAAUGCGACGAGCAAGGGCCGCCAUGCAACAACUGCACCCUGCGGAAGGCUGUCUGCGUCUACACCCGGCCCAGGGCCGAUAACGCCAGCAGCUACGGCGUGGUGGCUAUACGCCGUAAAGACGCGGAUGCGGAUGCGUCGGCGCUCCGCACGAUGCUCGAGCGGCCGCGAGGUGACAUUGGGGCGCUCUGCGGGGCGUACGGGGGCCCGGCCCGGCUGCUGGAGCUGGAGCUGAUGCACCAGUGGUCGACCAAGACGUACCAGUCCUUCUGCGGCAUCCCGGAGGACCACGAGUUCAUGCAGGUGCUGCUGCCGCGCGCGGCGCUCAACUACGACUUCAUGCUGAACUGCAUCAUGGCCAUCUCGUCGCUGCACGUGGCGCGGUCGGUCGGCGCGGCCGAGUCGGCGCGGUACGUCAACGCCGGCCUCGAGCUCUACAACAAGGGCAGCAUCUCGUUCCGCACCCACCUCACCAACAUGAACGCGGACAACUGCCUCGUCCUCUACAUGUUCUCCGCCAUCGCCGUCGCCGUCCACCUGUCCAGCCCCCGCGGCCGCGGCGACGCCCUCCGCCUCGUCAUCGUCGCCUUCGACCUCGUCAGCGGCAGCACCAGCAUCGGCAUGAUGGGCAUGCCCUGGAUGCUCAACAGCGCGUACCCGCUGCGCGUCUUGCUGUCGCGGCUCGGCGCGCCCAAGGAGCUGAUCGACGCCGACUCGCGCGCCGCGCUGGCCCGCCUGCGCGCCGUCAACGACCUGCGGUACGGGUCGGCCGCGCCGCGCGGGGACGGCGGCGUGGUCGAGGAGCUGGGCGGCGUCGGCGUCGUCGUCCGCGAGCACGAGUUCUACGAGAUGGUCAUCGACGGGCUCGAGAUGUGCUUCGCCGAGGAGGCGCGCGGCCUGCUCACCGCCUUCUGCACCGCCUUCCCCGGCCUGGCCGGCAAGCACUACACCACCUUCGUCAGCCGGUCCGACCCCUUCUCCCUGCUCAUCCUCAUGCACUGGGGCGUCCUCUUGAGUAGGCUCGACUCCACCAUCUGGUGGUGGGCGAGCUCGAUAGCCACCGACCUGACCAUCGAGGCCGCCGUCAUAAUACACAACCACCAUCCUGACCUAGCCCUAGAGUGGGCCGAACCCAUGGCGUGGGUGCAGCAGCAGGUUGGUCUGUCGUGGCCCAGCACGCAGGUUACGCUACUUUCGUCGUCAUCGUCGUCGUCAUCGUCGUCAUCCACAUCAUCGUCGUCCUUCUCCUCAAUAUCUUCGACGUCGCUGUCGGCUCCGUGGACGACCGAGGUUCAAAAUUCGCAUGUAUUGUUUUAAGACGGGGCAUGUAUUAGAUUAUCAUCCACUUACUUCGGUCCAGUCCCCACACCCUGAACAGGGUUUCAGGGGAAUCACAUAUUCGGGUACAUUGUAUAAAAAACCACUACUCCUUGUCAAUGAGCACACGAACAACUAAAUAUACCUUUUGUGUUUACGAA